GUUAGUAAGGUAUUGUAAAGUUGGUAUCACGCAAUAGACUAUCAAUUGUGUCAAAAGUGUUUACUGUUCAUAAAGUUGUUGUUUUUGUGGUCGGACGUAAACAAGAACUGAAGCAAAAUGGGGAAAAGACAGCACCAAAAAGAUAAGAUGUACAUUACCUAUACAGAAUGGACAACUCUGUAUGGAGGAAAACGAUCCGGUCCAGAAACGUCUAAUUUCAGACGAUUACCAUUUGAUCAUUGUUGCCUGUGUUUGCAGCCAUUUGAACACCCUUAUUGUGAUCAGGACGGGAACGUUUUUGAGCUGCAGGCAAUCGUUGAUUUCAUAAAGAAGUUUAAAUGUAAUCCUGUUACAGGAAAGCCAUUGGACCCAAAAAGUUUAGUCAAGUUGAAUUUUCAUAAAAAUGCCAAGGGUGAAUACCACUGCCCUGUUUUGUUUAAGACUUUUACAAAGCAAUCGCAUAUUGUCGCUAUUGCUACAACAGGAAACGUCUUUUCCCAUGAGGCAGUGGAACAGUUAAACAUCAAAGCCAAAAACUGGAAGGAAUUGUUGACUGAUGAGGCUUUCCAGAGGAAGGAUAUAAUUACUAUACAGGAUCCCAACAACCUUGAAAAAUUUAACAUAGCAGAAUUUUACCAUGUUAAGAAAAAUCUGAGUGUGGAAGAUGAAGAUCCAGACGAUGACCCAUCAGCACGCCUGAAAACUGUAAAUGCCGAAACACAGGCAAUUUUGGAUGAACUGAAUCGUGAAUACAAGGCACCUGAAACUAAAGUAGAAGAAAAGAAAGUUGCUGACAAAUUUAAUGCGGCACAUUACUCUACUGGUGCAGUGGCUGCAGGCUUUACUUCAACUACUAUAGCCCCAACAACAGUACAUGAAGCUGCUAUUAUUGAUGAAGAUGUAGUACGUUAUGAGCGUGUUAAGAAGAAAGGUUAUGUUCGAUUAGUAACAAAUCUGGGGCCAUUGAACUUGGAACUUCAUUGUGAUAUGGUGCCAAAAGUCUGUGAAAACUUCCUGAAACUGGCCAACCGUGGUUAUUACGAUGGCACUAAGUUUCAUCGAUCUAUUCGUAAUUUCAUGAUACAAGGAGGUGACCCAACAGCAACUGGCCAAGGUGGUGAAUCUAUUUGGGGAAAGCCAUUUGAAGAUCAUUUUAAACCAAAUCUCCAGCAUACUGGUAGAGGAAUACUGUCAAUGGCAAACUCAGGCCCAAACACAAAUGGAUCACAGUUUUUUAUCACAUACCGUUCUUGCCGGCACUUAGAUGGUAAGCAUAGUGUCUUUGGAAGAGUUGUUGGUGGACUUGAUACUUUGACUGCUAUGGAACGCAUUGAAACGGAUAACAAAGACAGACCAAUUGAAGAUAUUAUUAUUGAAAAGGCACAAGUAUUUGUUGACCCUUACCAAGAAGCAGACGAACAGCUGAUUGCUGAGAGAGAAGAAGAAGCCAGAAAGGCAGAAGCCGCAGCUAAAGAGCUGAAGAAAAAAUCAGCAGGUGGGAAUCUUAAAGUCUUCAGAGAAGGUGUUGGUAAAUAUAUCAACAUGGAAGAAAUUUCAAAGAAUGAUGCUGCAGAAAACUCUGGGGGUCCUCCAAAGAAGAAGAAAAACAUUGGUUAUAGUUUUGGUGACUUCAGCAGUUGGUGAUCAAGCAGUAAUGGGUUGGAGACAGGUGGAUCAUUUGUACAGUAUGCACCGAAGCUCACUCUGAGAGAUGGGUCCAACACUCUUUGUAAGGACAAUUUAUGAGCAAAAAUGUUUUAAAUGUUUUGACUUCAAACAGCAGAAGUUUUCUGUUUUCCCCUGUAGUUUUCAUGCUCUUUUUUACAAUCAUAUGAUUUGUGUAAAAUAUUUAUUUUCUGUUUAUGUGUAAAUAAAAAUGAAAUGUUACUUGUUUUGAA